AUGUCGGACAUUAAAUGGACACCUCUACGUUUUCUAGCGUAUGGUGUCGGUCACGUGCUGAAUGAUAUGUGUGCAUCCACAUGGUUCUCUUAUCUACUGGUUUUUUUGCGUCAUGCAGUAGCAAUGUCUCCUGUAGAUUCAGCGAUUGUCAUGUUUUGUGGUCAGAUUGCUGAUGGACUUGCAACGCCUUUAGUUGGUGUCUUUUCUGACCGUUCAUCUGGUCUUCCAGUCCUUGGCUUAGGACGUCGUAAAACAUGGUUGGCAAUUGGCUCUUUGCUUGUCAUGUUGUGCUUCUUUUUUGUCUUUGCUACUUGUGUCCCCGAGUGGUUUGCUGACUCUCCUAGUCGAGUAAUCAUGCUUGUUUACUACAGUGCAGCUGCGAGUAUCUUUAACAUUGGAUGGGCUACUGUACAAGUAUCACAUAUGGCAAUGGUACCUGAGUUGUCAGAAGAUGACAAUGUCCGGUGUAUUCUCAAUAGUACACGCUAUGCGUUUACGAUAUUAUCCAAUGUCUUGAUCUUUUGUGUCUUUUUGAUUCUACUACGUGUGGUAAAACCUUUUGGAGUUCCCGAUGCGGAGAAGUUUACGUUGCUGGCAUAUACUGCACUUGUGGUUGGAGGAAUUUGUACGGUUAUUUUCUUAUCAGGAACUCCUGAAAAGCUGACACCUAUCAAAGAAGAGAAGAAGAAGAAGAACGAUGCUACUGUUGUUUUGGCACAAAGUCCAGUAAUGGCAGAUUUGAAAGGACAGGGACUUUGUGGAUUUCCAUCUCAAGAAGAUUUGAAUGUAUGUGUCGAGAAAGUGGUAGAAAGUGCUGCCGAUCACAUGACGUGGAGAUGUUGGUUUAGCAUGGUUAUGUUCUAUGAGGUGGGAGUAGUCUAUAUGUGUACAAGACUAGUGGUGAAUAUCACCCAAGUGUUCAUUUCGUUCUAUCUCAUCGUGACACUCGAAAUGUCAGCGAUCUCGAUCGCUAUUGUGCCAUUACUGGUAUAUAUUUCCGGUUUUUUGGCGACAUUCUUCUUGCGCUACUUGAACGAAUCUUUGGGACGUACAGGGUCAUUUGCUCUUGGAGCCGGCUUGAUUGUGGUAGCACUAGCACUUUCUUAUUUGCUCUCGCCGGAUACGGCUAGGUGGAUCUAUCCGUUCUCGAUCAUCUUGGGUAUGGGCAACUCAAUCAUUAUGGUCACGUCUGUUUGUUUGACGGGAGAUUUGGUUGGAAAUAAUGUUGAAAGUGGUGCCUUUGUCUUCGGUGCAAUGAGCUUCACGGACAAGAUUUCAAACGGCAUUGCUAUUCUCUUUAUCCAGAACACGCGGCAGCAGCUGCAAGCCUUGCCGGAAGAAGAUGGCAAGUAUCUGCGCCAGGUGUACUGCAUCCUGCCAUCUCUUGCUGCACUCGUUGGUCUGUGCACAGUGAUGUUCAUGACGCACUGCAGCAGAUCUGGUGACAAAAGGCGACGCAAAGAGACGAGUGUGCCCAGUAGUGCAUUAGAAGAAACCGAGAUUCUGCAGGCGGGCAACGUGAAACCGGAAGGAUAUGGUUCGGUCUAA